AUGCAUUCGAGCUCGUCUUCUUUCUUCCCUUUUCGUCUUCUAAACUUGCUCUACGUCGCUAGGAUGGCAUCAUGCCUCAAGUUUGUAUUCGGUCUUCUUGCAGCGGCACUUUUCCUCUUGGAAUCUCUCGGGGAUGCUGCUCCGUGCACGGAUUGUUUCACGCAGUCGAGGGCGUCUUACUACCCGAAUUCUGAUGAGAAAGGCACAGAAACUGGACGAUGUGGCUUUGGUACAUUUGGGGCAACAAUUAACAAUGGAGACGUAUCAGCAGCAUCAGAUCUCUAUCGAGAUGGAUUAGGUUGCGGUGCUUGCUACCAGGUCAGGUGUACUAAUAGCAAGUACUGUUCAGACAAAGGAGUGAAUGUCGUCAUAACUGACCACGGUUCCAGCCAUAAUACCGACUUCAUUCUGAGCAGCCGUGCUUUUGGGCGAAUGGCUCAGAACGCGGAUGCAGGUGCAUCUCUUUUAACAUUUGGCGUGAUAGAUAUUGAAUAUAAACGGAUUUCAUGCAGCUAUCCGAACAAAAAUAUUACGAUUAAGAUAGAUGAAAGCAGCAGCAACCCUCAUUAUCUGGCCUUCGUAAUUUGGUAUCAGCAAGGCAUGAAAGACAUAACUGCAGUGCAACUAUGUGAGACACAAAGUUACACAUGCAAGCUAUUGGAUCGGAGUUAUGGAGCAGUAUGGACAGCUACGUCACCGCCUAGUGGACCACUUUCAGUAAGGAUGCUCUUUAGUGAUGAAAAUGGAGACGAGAAAUGGAUAGUUCCAGUGAAUGACAUACCGGAUAACUGGAAAGCCGGAGACAUAUACGACUCUGGAGCACAAGUUAAUGCCUGAUCAAUCAACUGUCAAUUACUCUUCAAAUUGCCUAGCUCGUUGAAAUGUUAUUGCUUUUAUGCCUUCAAUUGGAUUUUAUUGUUCUCUAUCUGAGUAGGAAUAAACAAAUAAGUUGUCAAUUGAUCUAUGUAGAUCAUUUAUUUUAUAGAUGAGUGGUAGUUCUAAGAAAAUCAUGUAAUGAUGCUAUUGGAAGUUCUAAACUAAUUACAAACAUCUUCUUCUUC